AUGGCACUGCUUGGAAUCGAGCCUGUGACUCUGGACGCUGUUGGGCCCGAGCCGUUGUUUAUAACCACACUUAGAUCUCUUAACCACGGACUGAAACAGCGGACCCAACCACCGAAGCUGGACACGAGAAGGGGACCCGACUCGGUCGAGCCUACCCGUUCAAGCGACUCCAGUUCUUCUUGCAACCAGGCCAACGAUGACGCAGCGCCGCUUCCGAGCGAAGAAGGAAAAGACGAUCCAGUGGAAGAAUACAACGGCGUGGGUAACGAUUAUCACAAUGACCCGCAUGACGGCGAUGUGCAGGCCGGCGAUGCGGAGGCCGGCGUUGCGCAGGCCGGCGAUGUGCAGGCCGGCGAUAUGCAGGCCGGCGAUGUGCAGGCCGGCGAUAUGCAGGCGUGUGGCAACCACGUGGAACAACAGGAUGCCCUCCCGGACCAAUAUGUUGGCGAUUACCCUAGAAAACCGACAGAUCAGGAACUAGACGGCGCGGCUGACCAAGGCGGAACAUUUAGGAAUGGAUCCUUUGGCAGUGCGAAUGGAGCAGAGUCGCCGGUGCUGAUUGUGACUACAAUUCGAGGGCUUAAUGACUGGCAUAGAUGCUGUAUCUGUUAUCGUGAAGAUCCGUGCGAUGAGAGCUCAGGUUGUAAGCGAAUAAAGCUGAUUAGCGACCCCAGGCACGACUUUAGGGAGAAGGGAUCAAGAAUCUACUGCUGUACUUACGCCAUGUUGGAUGCCCUGAGGAUGAACCUUGACGACCAUUUCAUUUUCUCCAUGCUUUGGGCCGCAGUGGUCUUGGAGUAUAACGAACUCUGUUUGCCGUUCGCGCUGUCUACGACAUCCCUGUCUAUCUUGCGAUUGAGAUGUGAUCAGUGGUAUACCGUGAACGUGCCGCGGGUAGAUAGCGGCGAUGUUAUGUCUUGGCUCUACAUCUAUGACCUUGCACUGAGUUUUAGUUCCGUGUGGUCGCGUGAGGAUCGGUCGUUUCUAGACUUUGAGGCCUCUCAAAUAUUGACCAAGACAGGUGGCGUAGCUGCCUUUAACGGCAGAAUGUUGGGUGACACGAUAAGCAAACGGCUUUGGAUCAUACUCGAAAAUGAUUGUGAUUGGAAUUUCAAUCUUCCAGUACUCAAAAUGGAAAAAUGGAUCUGUCAGGCGUCCCCUAAAUGGAGUCGUUUCUAUCAUGAAGACCGACUAUCUCUUCCACAAUCUGGACUCAAGAACAGAACAGCACUUGUCGAAAAAUGUUGGGCAAACGGCACUAGCGAACAUCUACUGUGUCAAGCGUGCUCUUUACCCUACCCUGAUCAGUUCACGCCUUGUUGCAUCACCUCAUUCCAUAAAAAAUGCUGGAGGAUAGAGGGAGUGUGUCCUGGCUCAAACACUAGGUGUCCCGUGUGCCAUUCCGUUCUCCGUAAGAUGUGUCCUCUGGGUCAGCCCGCAAUCGAAUUCGCGACCGUGAAAUCCGAAUAUGGUCACUUCGCCAUUCGUAAGGACAAGCAAGCCGGAAACAGAUUCUGCUUGGUGUAUGUCAAAAACCCUUCGGAGUUGGAAGCCAGUCUCCAAAGCCCGAACAAACCGGACACGGUCCCCAUCAUAAUUCUGGUGUCCCUUGGGCUCAGGCAAAGGAUAGCAGAACCGACAAUCCUCACCAAUCCCUCCCUCCACCAUUGCAUAUACUCAAUAUAG